GGGGCUUCACUUGCAUAACAUGCAGAUUUUCAAACAGAUGUCUUAACAAGAAAAAAUCCCUCUCUGCUUGCUACUGUGUGAAGGCGAAGCACUUGCAAAGUAUCUGCAAGGAAGGCUGUCUGGGCUUUGUAAGCGGGUGAAAAGAAAAUGUGCUGCAAAGUGUACUUCUGAUGAGGCUGAUGGUGAAUGUGCUUCAGCGAGCCACAAAAGACCACGUAACACAUUUGCUUUGACCUAAGCUUCAGACAAUAUUCUGAUCCGAAAUCCUUUGGAAAUCAUUUUGAAGCUUUUCUCACAUUUUUCCUUCUCAGAAGUGUACCGCCAAAAUGAGUAACGCAGAGCCUAAUACCACAGAUUAUGCAUAUGAGACAGACUAUCUUUCUCUAAUUGCACAACCAUGUUCUAAGGGGGAAGUCAGAAACUUCACAAAAGUAUUUCUGCCAGUUGCAUAUUCAUUGAUCUGUGUCGUCGGCCUAGUGGGUAACAUCUUCGUAGUGAUGACCUUUGCUUUAUACGAAAGAACCAAGUCCAUGACGGAUGUGUACCUCUUCAACAUGGCAAUAGCAGACAUACUGUUUGUGCUCACUCUCCCACUGUGGGCAGUGAAUUAUGCUGCUGACAAAUGGAUUUUCGGAGAUUUCAUUUGCAAAAUGAGCAGAGGUAUCUAUGCAAUCAACUUCAACUGCGGCAUGCUGCUUUUGGCCUUUAUCAGUGUGGACCGGUACAUAGCUAUCGUACAGGCAACAAGGUCAUUUAAACUCAGGGCAAGAACGCUAGCAUACAGUAAACUGAUUUGUUUGGUUGUAUGGGUAGCAUCAGUUCUAAUCUCCAGUUCCUCUUUCCUAUACAGUGAAAGUUACAGCUUCUCCAUCAAUGAAACCAAAGAGAUUUGUGAUCACAGAUCUGACAAAACAUCCGAAAGCACUAUGCUGAAAUUAUUGCUGCUGAGUCUACAACUUGGAUUUGGCUUUUUUAUUCCUUUCAUGUUCAUGAUUUUUUGCUAUACAUUCAUUGUCAAAUCCUUACAACAAGCUCAAAAUUCCAAAAGAAACAAAGCAAUCCGUGUGAUUGUAUUAAUUGUAGUUGUUUUCCUAGUUUGCCAGGUACCCCAUAACAUCGUUCUUCUUGUGACAGCCACAAAUCUGGGCAAGAUGAACAAAUCUUGUGACAGUGAAAAGAAAAUAGCUUAUGCAAAAUACACCACAGAAGCCAUAGCAUUCUUACACUGUUGCUUGAACCCUGUGCUCUAUGCAUUCAUUGGAGUGAAGUUUAGAAGUUACUUUGUGAAGAUAAUGAAAGACCUGUGGUGCAUGAGAUACAAGAAAUACAACAGCCGUAGUUCAAGGACAAACUCUGAUACUUACCAUUCAAGACAGACUAGUGAAAUUAUGAGUGAGAAUAUUUCUUUUACUAUAUAACACAAUUUGAACAACAUUAUUGUUGAAAAAUCCUGCUCAUCCAGACCAGUCUCACUGUGUAUAUGAUAACCAGUCAUUUGUGCUUCUCCGCACCCCAGUGGCAAGCUCCUGUGAUCCACAGCUCCCUUCAAUAAAACAACAUAAACUAAAGACUAAUACUGUCCCUUGAAAAACUGGAAUCUUAUUCACCUAACAUUCAUGCUCUUCUAAAGUGCAAUCACUUAGAAUUAUCAGGAAGGUGAAAUUGAUAAAGGAACACUCCUCAUUUCAAAUGGAAACCACCUAUCUCUUUUGUCUUACGUCACUGAAGUAUUCCAAAAGUACUAAAUAAAUGAAUCAGGUUAUGUCCAGGCUCAUUAUAUUUACAUUUAUGUUGUUGCUGUUGAUUAUUUAUGCUUAGAAAUCCUAUUUAAGUGUAAGUCUCCACUCUGCUUGCAUUGCAGAUAGGCUGUACUGAGAUAAUACUAACCUAAACAGAUGACAUUUGGGCAAGCCUGGCAAGAAAAGCUAACAGACAAAGAGACAAAGAAACAGACAUAGCUGGACUUAGAUUUUGGGUCUCGUAAAUUUUUGCCCAGUUCUAUGCUCCGCCUGCUCAUCAGAUGCCUCUAAAUGGAGUUGCACAAGCUUACACCAAGGCUGAGGCUGAUCAAAGCCAAUAGCGACUUGUCUACUACAGAGAUUAUUAUGAAAAGAAGAAAAUUAUGAAAUAAACGGAACACUGAAAUAUGCACAGGAAGGUUUUCUGAUAGCUACUCAGAUUAUCUGCUGAACAAAGAACAGAGCUUUAUUGGAGAAAUUCUGCCUUUCAUUUAGCACUGGAUUCAGAUCCUGGAAUUCACUGAAGCUGAUCACUUCGUGAAAAUAUCUCUGUGAAAAGUUGAUUCUUUCUAGCUGAAAUUCACACACCAUUUCUUCAGAAGUAGACAAACUGAAGAACAGAACUGUGAUUAUUCAAAUUCCAAUACUUCUUGUUGCAACUAGAUCAGUGACAAAACCUGAUGCAUUUCUUGGUAUUUAGCGACCAUUAACAAAGUUUCCUCAGGAAUGGAUUUACUAACACAAAUACACAUAUAUGAAAUUUAUUCAAUUAACUUCAGAAAUUAUUAAGGACAGUAUCUAAAAAUAAGAGUAGAGUGUGACUUAAUUUGGCCAGAUUUUUACCAAACUGGUCAACAUUUGACUCACAAUGAAUACAGGAAUAUUUAUAAUAAAUGAAUUUUUUUUUUUACCCAGUCAUGACUUUUCGGCAAAGUUAAGUGAUUUUUUAAAAACCGCACACAGGAACAUCCUCAAAACAGGCUAUGCAGAAACUGUUCUCCAGCAGAGAUGUGAACAGUGAUCUGGUUGACCACCACUUCUGUUCACUGAGGGAGCUUCACCAGAUUGUAACGACGAUGGGGGGAACAACUUGAACUGCUGAGUAACUGAACCGUCCAACACCUCGACUAACAGAAAGAUGUUCUGCACAGGAGUAGGAGCAGAUCCAUUUCAAAGAGCCGGAGGGCAGAGCAGCAGGACAGAGGACAAGAGCACCAUUACUACCCAUUUGCAGUGAGCUAAAGUGCCAGUCUCCCGGAGUUCCCCAGCAACAGAAGUGUGAGCCAUGGAUUUGCUGUUAUGUGGGAUUCUCCACUCCGACGGUAGUGUAAAUUAACACAAUUUGCAGGGUGCAGUUUGCCUUGCACAUUUUUUUAAACUCAUGAGUGAAGGGAGAAUGGAGUUUGGACCAGAAACCACAUCCUUCGGUGGCAAUGAAAAGAGCCAAGAAGAGCAAUUCCAGAGCUGAAGAACACUUGAGGAUACGACGCAACAUGAAACUAGUACUGUUUUUGCUGGUACAAUCCACCCUUGUUUACAGUGCAGUGUGAGGUUUUUAAAUAUUAAUGCCAGGUAUGAUAAAGACCAUAUAUAUUUAUCAUUAAUGAAUAGUAACUUAGGCAAAAAUAUACAAAAUUAGGUAAAUGCAUACGCAUGCAUUUGCUGUAGGUAGCACUGAUGAUUUUCUGGAAGAGAAUUCAGCAAAUAAAAAUAUAACUGACUGAAUAAGACUAAAA